GGAGAAGGGAGGAGCGAAGUCCUGGACCUUCCAGCUGGAACCCGCUUCGUGGAGUAAGACAUGGCGUGCGGUUUCCGCAGGUCCAUCGCCAGUCAGCUUUCCAGAGUGUUGGAUCUUCCACCAGAAAACUUGAUCAAGUCAAUAUCUGCAGUUCCGAUUUCCAGAAAAGAAGAGGUAGCCGACUUCCAGCUUUCUGUGGAUUCUCUAUUGGAAAACAACAAUGACCAUUCAAGACCAGACAUUCAAAUGCAAGCCAUGAAACUAGCAGAGAAGCUAAAAUGUGACACAGUGGUGAGUGAAAUCAGCGCUGGCCAGGGGACUGUGAAUUUCAAAAUCAACAGAGAGCUGCUAACAAAGACUGUACUGCAACAGGUGAUUGAAGAUGGCUCAAAAUAUGGAUUAAAAAGUGAACUUUUUUCUGGCCUCCCCCAGAAGAGGAUCGUGGUUGAAUUCAGUUCACCUAAUGUUGCCAAAAAAUUUCACGUUGGACAUUUGCGUUCUACCAUCAUAGGAAAUUUUAUAGCAAAUCUCAAAGAAGCUUUAGGACAUCAAGUAACAAGAAUAAAUUAUCUUGGAGAUUGGGGCAUGCAGUUUGGUCUUCUAGGAGCUGGCUUCCAGCUGUUUGGCUAUGAAGAAAAACUCCAGUCCAGCCCUUUGCAGCAUCUCUUUGAAGUUUAUGUACAAGUUAAUAAAGAAGCAGCGGAUGAUAAGAACGUAGCAAAAUCAGCACACGAAUUCUUCCGGCGACUGGAACUCGGCGACACGCAAGCACUUGCACUGUGGCAGAAAUUUCGGGACCUGAGCAUUGACGAGUACAUGCGGAUCUACAAGCGUCUAGGAGUACACUUUGAUGAAUAUUCAGGAGAAUCGUUUUAUCGUGAAAAAUCUCAAGAAGUCUUGAAGUUGCUGGACAGUAAAGGACUCCUGCAGAAAACACUAAAAGGCACUGCUGUAGUGGAUCUUUCAGGGAACGGUGACCCCUCUGCAGUUUGUACUGUAAUGCGAAGUGAUGGGACGUCUCUGUAUGUGACCAGAGAUCUUGCAGCUGCUAUAGAUCGAAUGGAAAAGUAUAAUUUUGAUAAAAUGAUCUAUGUGACAGAUAAAGGGCAAAAAAAGCAUUUUCAGCAAGUGUUCCAAAUGCUGCAGAUCAUGGGAUAUGACUGGGCAGACAGGUGCCAGCACGUGCCCUUUGGGGUAGUGCAGGGAAUGAAAACUCGGAGAGGAGACGUCACUUUUCUGGAAGAUGUUCUAAAUGAGAUUCGACUGAGGAUGCUACAGAACAUGGCUUCUGUAAAGACGACCAAAGAGCUGGAGAACCCCCAGGAGACAGCAGAGCAAGUGGGACUCGCAGCCCUCAUCAUUCAGGACUUCAGAGGUUUCCUGCUGUCUGACUACCAGUUCAGCUGGGAUCGUGUUUUCCAGAGCCGCGGGGACACGGGAGUCUUCCUGCAGUACACACACGCCCGCCUCCACAGUCUGGAAGAGACUUUUGGAUGCGGCUAUCUCAAUGACUUCAACACUGCCUGCUUACAAGAGCCGCAGUCUGUUUCCAUUCUCCAGCAUCUUCUCAGGUUCGACGAGGUGCUUUAUAGGUCAUCUCAAGACCUUCAGCCCAGGCACAUUGUCAGCUACCUUCUAACUCUAAGUCAUCUCGCCGCGGUGGCACACAGGACGCUGCACGUCAGAAGCAGUCCUCCCGAGGUGGCCGGGGCCAGACUUCACCUUUUCAGAGCUGUCCGCUCAGUCCUAGCCAAUGGAAUGAAACUUCUUGGAAUAACACCUGAUUCCGCAAGCUCUAGUUUAAGGGCUGUUUAUCCCUCCUCUAGUCCCCAGCUACGGGCAGCGCCACCCCACGUCCUCUCCACAGAGAUGCUCUAAUCCCUCAACAGUAUCAAGUGAACUCCUGGCCAUCCAGUGCUCAGCGCGGGCCUGUUCAUCACUGACUCUCCUGCUCUGCACGAACACGGGCUGCGUCCGGAUCUGACCGCGUCUCCUACGAACCACCACGCCUGCAGCGGGAAUCAGGGCUGCCGUGGCACCUCUUCUCCAUGUCACUUCUUACCACUUCUACACUUGUCAGCUUUCCCAUCAAAAGAAGGGCCUGUGAGACGUCACCACUCAGUCUGAACCCUCUGCUCCUUCAGCGCGGCAAACCAGCAGAGUGUGGUGGACUGUGUCCAGAUUAACCUUCAGGUCUGUGGCUCCUGAUUAGAUCCUUUUUAUUGGAUCUUUUUCCUUGGAUGCUUAGGAAUUACUACUUCUUCAUUGCCAGGAAGGCUUCAGUAUCUUUAUCUGGUUUCUUCUCUAAUGCAGAUAUUGGAGAAGCCAAGGUCUACCAGAAUGCUAUCAGAGGAAAGCUCAAGCUUCACCACAGGAUUAUAUCAACAUUAUGUAAUUAUAACAAGACAUUUGGAAAUAAGUUACAAAAAAAUAGCAGCGAUUGCUAGAAGAACUUGUAAAAGAAAACAAAAGCUCAAGAAUAAUUAAUGACAUUGUAUAGUAAAAUAAAGGUCCAUAUAGUCAAAGCUGUGAUUUUUCCAGUAGUCACGUACAAAUGUGAGAGUUGGACCAUAAAGAAGGCUGAGCGCUAAAGGACUGAUGCUUUCAAACUGUGGUGCUGCAGAAGACUCUUAAGAGUCCCCUGGACUGCAAGGAGAUCAACCCUGAAUAUGCACUGGAAGGACUGAUGCUGAAGCUUCACUACCUUGGCCACCUGAUGCAAAGAGCUGACUCACUGAAAAAGACCUGAUGCUGGGAAAGAUUGAAAGCAAAAGGAGAAGAGGGUGGCAGAGGAUGAGACGGCUGGAGGGCGUCACUGACUCCGCGGACACCAGCCUGAGCGAACGCCCAGAGACAGUGACGGACAGGAAAGCCUGGCGUGCUGCACUCCAUGGGGUCGAGAAGAGUUAGACACCGCUUAGCAACUGAACAAUAGUAGAAUAAAGAGAUAUAGGCGGUAUAGCAAAGAAGAGAUGGGAAUCUUAACACACAAAGUUUUAAAGAGGUAAAUUAUUUCAGUAUGAGAUUAAAUCUUGCUUAAUUUUAACGUAUUAAGAAAACAGCUCCAAAACUUAGUUUUACUCAUGAAAGUUAAAAUAUAUAUACACCAAUGUAUCUUCCAGAAAACACUAGUAAUCAUCUAUCCUUUUGUUUUACCGUUAAGUAGACAAAGAUAAAUGAUCAAUUUUAAAUAUACUACAGCCUUGAAUAUACUAGUGAAAGAAACACAUAAAAACCAAAGGCCAUUUUUUCUUCCAUUUUUCCUGAUAUUUUCUUGGAAAUCAAAUCCCAUGCACUUUAAUGAGUACAUUUUGUUAAAAACAAAUUUAUUGAAUUUAAUUAUAUAAAUGACAUUGUGAGAUAAGAAAAAGCAUGUCUAAAAUCAAAAAACAUAUUUAAAAAAAUAUAUAUAGCCUGUCCCAUUAUAUUUACUGUUUGAUUUUUAUCACUGGAAAAGAAUCUAUGUUCAACCU